UCAGUUACGAGGUGAUUUUAAAGUAUUAUGCUGCGAAGUCUGCCUUGUAUGUAGCCUACAGAAGAACGUAACCAACUGAUUUCGCUAGAGGCACUGAGGACUCGUGAGAGCAUGUUCCAACAGCGGCCGGAGGGUGGCACUGUUGUCACAUUCAUCCAGAACCGUCGACCUAUGUUUCUUAUGCAGAUGCAGACGCAAUUUCCCGUUUUUAAAAGCCUUUAUUUGUUGAGUAGUGUUGGUAGAUGUGUACAGUAUUAUUCAAUCUUUUAUAUUUGAAAACGGAUUCUGACGUUUACAUUAGUGUAUCUGCAUGAUAAUUAAUAUUAUAAAAAAACCUUUGUUGAAAGUUUUCUGUCUGCUACGUGGCUGGCACGUAAGUGCUUCCCAAGAUCCCUUGAAUAGGGAGGGGAUUGUUUGGAGACGGACGGAAGGCUAGUUUUUUGGCCAACCUAGCGGCAAUAAUGAUUUCAUUGUAAAGUUUUAAGUACUUUUAAGUUUUAAUGAACUGAAUGCAGUUUCCCUGAAAUGUUAUUGUAGUUCUCCGAUCUAGUCUUUUACGAAGUCGCACACAAAUUAAUUUGAGUCGGUAAGAAGGCUUAGCCAUUAUACAAAUCUGGAGCGGUUCAAAAAUGCCGAGCAAUGAAUUGAAGCAAAGGAAAAAGAAUAUAUCCCAGAAACAAAACGACGAUUCUAGCGAUGGAGCGAAACAGAAUGGCGAGCCUGAGACGAAGAAAAGCGAAGCAUCCGAGCAGAAAUCUUCGGCUCAGAAGAAAAGUCUCUGUUCUGAUGAGAUGAGGAGGGUUCUGUGUCUUCUGUUUUGUCUGUGUCUCUGUGUCUGCGCUUCGCUUGCGUGUAUGAUCUGGGAACAGAAUAAACGGUUUGCCGAAGUUGAGGAGAAGUACAGUCUUCUGCACGGGAGAACAGCAACGUAUGCAGAGCUGGAACAGAGAGUUGAAACAGUGUCUGAAAAGCUUGACGCCUCCAAGAACCACCUGGAGGGGGCGCUCUCCUCCAUCUCCACGGCGACCAGGCUGGCGAGCAAUGUCGCCUCCCUCCGCUCCAUCGUCACAGCGAUGCAGGAGGACGAAGAGGACAAUGACAUCACUUCCUCAAGCAGCAUCCAGGAAGUCAACGUCCGCUUCCUGAACGUGACGGAGGCGUGGCAGUCGGGCCUGGCCGGCGUGACGACCGACCUGGCGUCGCUGAGGGAGGAGUCGCGCGCCUCGCACGUCCGCGCCACGGGCAACGUCAACGCGGCGGAGCGGCGCCUGCGGGCCCUCGCCGAGCGUCUGGAGGAGCUGGAGGACAGUACGCGGCGGAACGCGCGCGCCUUCGACCGCACGGAGGAGCAGGACGUGCAGCAGGCCCAGCGGCAGCUCGACUGGAACACGGGCCGCGUCAGCGAGCUCGACGAGAAGCUGGCCCGGCUCGUCAGGACCGAUCGGGACCUCGCGGAGCGGCUGGACGAGCACGUGCCGCGGGCCCAGCAGUGCCAGGAGCACCUCCCCGCCGUGGAGGAGGCCGUGCGCUCCAUCCUCAAGCUGGCCACGGCCUCCGUCUCCAUGGAGAGGCGCGUGGAGGAGCUGGGCCUGCUGGUGCUGGGGCUGGAGGACAGCAUGCUGAAGAGCCUCACGCAGACGCUGGAGAUCCGCCAGGAGCUCAACGCCCUGAGGAGCGGGAGGAGGGAACACUCGGCCGGGAGUGAGAUCGACGCCAUGCUGGAGACUCUCAUGGAGAUGGAGAUGGAGAGCAAGAGAGCGGGAGAGGAGGAGGAGGUGGUGGAGGAAGAGGAGGUGGAGGGGGUAGAGAAUUGGAAGGAGGUGGAUGAAGGUACUGUGGUUGAGGGGAUGCCCCUAGAAGAACCUGAAUACAAAGACAAUUGGGAAGAGACAUUGGCCGAGACAUUGGCAGUGCCCGAAGAGACAUUGGCAGUGCCCGAAGAGACAUUGGCAGUGCCCGAAGAGGUUUUGGAAUCCUUUAUGACUGUGGAGACACAACUUCAGGGCACGGAGGAGGAACAUCCAGAGUCUCAGCCCAAUGAUGUCAAUGUGUGAUGUCAUCAUACUGCGCCUGCCAUGGUCUAAACUGUACGUAACUCCUCCUUCUUUAGUAACCUGCUGUCUAUGCUGCCAGUGGAAUAAACAGUGUUAGAAUAUAUGGUCUGGUGUUUUGUAUGAUGUUUUCUGAAUACAGUUUUAAUCUAUACUGUAUCUCUAUCUGUCAGUCAGUACUGAACAUGGUCCUUAUGGGUCAUAGAAGUAUUCCUUAUCAUAUCAAUGCUGCAAGAACUGCACUGUGUCCUCAUGUUUUCACGCCUAAUGAAGGGAAAUAUUAUUUUCUACACGUUACUGUUCGGUCUUGUUCCCGGGUGUGUUGCCAUGCCUUAACAUUUGAAAAGGUAAUGUUUCUGCGUUGUACUGGAUAGUCCCAUUCAUGUGUCUGAAAUGAUACAGAUUGUCACUGAAUGUUUUUGAAUAAAAUGAAAAAAA